AACGGGAGCAUCAUCCACCAUAAAUAGAUGCCUUCUUCACUGGGCCGCCACACUCACAAUGGAUCUGCCCAAGAGUCACCUGCUGCUCCUGGCCAUCGGAUGUGCCUGUCUAUUCGCCUGUGGCGUCCAGGGCACCCUGACCAUCCAGAAAACCAAGCCAGCUCUUCCGGAUCCCAGUCAGCUGCUGGCCAAACUGCCACCAAAGCCCGCCUUUCUAUCGGAUCCCAGUCAAUUACUGGCCAAGUUGAGCAAACCGAAACCCAUGCUGGAUCCCAGUCAGCUGCUAGCCAAGUUGCCACCAAAGCCGGAAUUCUUGAAGGAUCCCAGCCAACUGCUUUCCAAAUUUGUCAAACCAAAACCCGUGUUUGUGAAACCCGUGAUUGUUAAACCCGUAGUGGUGAUUAAGCCCGUCGUCGUCGGCGGAGGAAGUGGAGGUGGUGGUCAUGGUCAUGGUCACGGUCACGGACAUGGUCAUCAUGGCAAGGAUAAGCUAAAACUUUAGGUAGCUAUACGAACGAUUACGAAUGUAUUAAGGUAAAAUAUAAUUAAACCAAUUGGUUUAAAUCGAAA